AUUUAAUCAUCAAUAUCUUUGUGGUAAGAAUUUAUGGUGAAGCUGAAUUUUGGUUAGCUAUUUCAAAAUUACUUUUAACUUCGGGUUUAAUUUUUUUCACUUUUAUUGCAAUGGUUGGUGGUAAUCCAAAGCAUGAUGCUUUUGGUUUCCGUAAUUGGAGAAUUGAUGGUGCUCCUUUAAAUGAAUAUAUUAGUACUGGUGCUUCUGGAAAUUUUCAAGCUAUUUUAGGUGCUACUAUUAACGCUUCUUUCACUAUUAUUGGUCCGGAACUAUUAUCAGUAGUUGCUGGUGAAGCUCAAAAUCCAAGAGGUACCAAAAAAUACCCUGGUUCAAUGGCAAUUGCUUUCCAUACUGUAAUUUAUCGUCUUGUCAUUUUUUACGUUUUGGGUGCUCUUUCAGUUGGAAUCUUGGUUGCUUAUAAUGAUAAAUCUCUAAUUAAUAAUUCUGGUUCUGGUUCAAAUGCUUCUUCUUCUCCUUAUGUUAUUGCAAUGGUCAAUUUGGGUAUUAAAGGAUUACCUGACUUAAUUAAUGCAGUCAUCAUAACCGCAGCUUUUUCAGCAGGAAAUUCGUUCAUGUACUGUUCUUCAAGAAUCUUAUAUGCCAUGUCAACUCAAGGAGUAGCCCCAAGAAUUUUCAGUGCAGUAACUAAAAAUGGUGUUCCAAUAUACUGUAUUGGUGUGUCAGUUGGAUUUUCAUUAUUAUCUUUAAUGCAAUUAGGAACAGGAGCUUCCAAUGCAUUAGGAUACAUUGUUAGUUUAUGUACUGGAUCCCAAGUAUUAAACUAUGUUUAUAUGGCCAUUGCCUAUAUCGGGUUUUAUAGGGCUGUUAAAGUUCAAAAUAUUAAUAGGGACGAAUUUGUUUAUAAAUCUUGGUUUCAGCCUUAUUCGGUUUAUUUCACUUUGUUUUUCUUAAUUGCAAUGGUUGGUGUUUUAGGUUAUACUGUUUUCUUACCAGGUAAUUGGUCAAUUGAUGAAUUUUUAUUCUCAUACAUCAUGUUAUUCACUUCUAUUUUUAUUGCAAUUUGUUGGAAAGUUUUCAAAAAAACUGAAUUUAAAUUUAAUAAGCCUCAGGAGGCUGACUUAAUCACUGGUUUGGAAUUAGUCGAACAACACGAAUACGAAUACUUCAGUAAACUAGAAAUUGAAGGUAAGCCAAAAGGCCGUUCUUGGCUUCUGAGAUUUUUUGAUUGGUUAUUUUAGAUCCAUUAUAGCUGUUUAGCUUUUUUUUUUCUUCUCUCUUCACAUUUUUUUGCAACCCAAAUACUUGGUUUAAUCAUUUAAUAAUUUGACUUAAGAUUUUAUAUGACAAUCUUAC